AUGCAGGGGGCCAUUGAUGAAGUGCGGGCAGACAGGCUCUCUUAUAGGCAGGCAGCUGUCCAUUUUGGGGUCCCCAAGUCCACCCUGCGAGACCGAGUCAGUGGGAAAGUGGCCUCUGACAGCACCUAUGGUCAGAGGCCACUUCUCUCUGAGAAAGAUGAGAAUGCGCUGGUGGAGUACUGCCUGUACUCCGCCAGCUUUGGAUUCCCACUGACAAAGUCACAGGUGGUGACCCACGCUCUGGCAAUUUUCAACCGGCGCCACCCACAAACACCAAAGGUGGCGCUGAGCCAGACGUGGUUAUUGGACCGUGGGAGAGCAUCCUGUGCGAAGAGGGGGCCUGUCGAGGACUAUUUCAAUCUACUGUCCUCGACAAUGGACAGGUACGGGCUGAGAGGGAAACCCCACUGCAUCUACAACUGCGACGAGACGGGGUUUCAGCUGGACAGCCAGAGGAGGAAAGUCGUCGUGCCCCGGGGUACCAAGCACGCGUACAGACAGGCUCCAGGCACCAGGGAGCAUAUCACCGUCCUGGCCUGUUUAAAUGCGGCUGGGGAGGAUAUCCCCCCAUUCAUUAUCUACAAGGGGAGAUAUCCGGGGGGCCCUUAUAAUAAAGAAGGGGUCCCCAAUGCUCUUUAUGGGAAGUCACCGGCUGGAUAUAUGGACAAUGAUCUGUUUGUGAAGUGGUUUAACCAGCACUUCCUAAAACAUGCCACCCAGGAGCGCCCGCUGCUGCUGGUUAUGGACGGUCAUGCAUCCCACCUCGGGCCAGAGCUGAUCCAGGCGGCACAGGGGGCAGGGGUCAUCCUUUUGUGCCUCCCGCCGCACACGUCACACAUCCUUCAGCCCUUGGAUGUGAGUUUUUUUGGACCCUUGAAGGCAGAUUUUGCAGGCACAACUGGGGAUCUGUCGGCUGUGAGCCACUCCUUUACACUUUCCAAAAAGGAGUUUUCAAGGGUCCUCAAAAACUCAUAUCUGAAGAUGAGGGAUAGAGGCUUUGUGGUUGGAGGUUUCAGAAAGUGUGGCCUCUACCCCUUGGAUCCGGGGGCCGUUGACUGGUCCCGGAUCAUGCCAUAUGGGCCUCCACUACCACCGCCUCCUCCUCCACCGCCUCCUCCUCCACCGCCUUCUCCACCACCCCCUUCUCCACCACCCCCUUCUCCACUACCCCCUUCUCCACCACCCCCUUCUCCACCACCCCCUUCUCCACCCACCGCCUUCUCCACCACCGCCUUCUCCACCACCGCCUUCUCCACCACCGCCUUCUCCACCACCGCCUUCUCCACCACCGCCUUCUCCACCACCGCCUUCUCCACCACCGCCUUCUCCACCACCGCCUUCUCCACCACCGCCUUCUCCACCACUGCCUUCUCCACCACUGCCGUCUCCACCACCGCCGUCUCCACCACCGCCGUCUCCACCACCGCCGUCUCCACCACCGCCGUCUCCACCACCGCCUGA